GUCGCGUCAAGCUGAGGGAGAGAGCGAUACCCACUCGCAUACGCACUAUUUCCCCCCUCUGGGAUUAACCUAAUCACUCAUUUUGUAAAAGCAGAGGAUUUAACCAACGCUGGGCGUGGAUAUCACCCCCGUUUAUCCCUGUGCGUUCCCGUUUUCCCUCCUGCUGCAGCCCCUUAGGCCGCAGUGAGAAGCAAGCGACAUGGACGGGUUUUAUGACCAGCAGGUCCCUUUCAUGGUGCCUCCCAAUAAGUCUCACAUGCAGGAACCAUCGUGCAGACCUUUGAAUGACCGAAAAAGGAAGUUUGUUGACACCGAGCUGGCACAGGAUACAGAGGAGCUCUUUCAAGACCUCAGCCAGCUACAAGAGAUUUGGAUAGCAGAAGCCCAGGUACCUGAUGACGAACAGUUUGUUCCAGAUUUCCAGUCGGAUAAUCUGAUGUUUCAUGGACCUCUUCAAACCAAAAUAAAGAGGGAGAUGAGCCCAAGCAGAGAGUUUUCCCCAUGUGGACAAGAGCAGAGACUCUCUCCAUAUGGAGAGAAGUGCCUAUAUAACUACAGUGCCUUUGACAGGAAGCCAUUUACAUUCAACAAGCCACUGACUCCUCCUUCAACGCCGGCAUCGCCCUUUGGUUCCUCCAGCACGGCAACACAUCCUGUGCAAAAAAGAGUGAUGCCACCAGCCCAAACACAGACGCAAGGACCACCGCUAUUACCAGGACCAAAUCACAGUUCCACAUCACCACAUCAGAGAGCACAGACUCCACUCCACAGUCAAAGCCCACCAUUUGCUGUGCCCUGCACACCUGUCAAUCACCCAGAUGCCUCCUACAGCACAGACCACAGGUUUCAUCGGCAGCUUUCCGAGCCCUGUCUUCCAUUCCCACAGUCCGAUGGCCGCUGUCAAACACCUUACCCCCCACAGACCCGUGGCCAUUUUCCCCGGCACAGCCGCCCUCCUUAUCAACGCCAGAUGUCAGAGCCGUUGGUGCCAAUGCCUCCCCAGGGGUUUAAAAAGGAAAUGGUGGAUCCUCGUUACAAUGAGCAGGGUGUGCAAAACAUGGGGCCUCCUUGCGCACCCCUGUUCCACCAACUGUCAAUCAAACAGGAGCCCAGAGAUUUCGGCUUUGACUCAGAAGUACAGAACUGCCAUUCAUCUUUUGGGAAAUCAGGAAAUUUCUAUGGCGCCAAUGGUGAGGGUUUUGGGUAUGAUGGAGAAGCCCACCUCUAUUAUGAUGAUGCAUGUGUAGUCCCAGACCGUCUGGAGGGCAAGCUAAAGCAGGAGGGUGGAGUUUUUCGGGACGGCCCUCCAUAUCAGCGAAGGGGAUCUCUGCAACUCUGGCAGUUCUUGGUCACUCUGUUGGAUGACCCGUCCAACAGCCACUUCAUCACUUGGACUGGCCGUGGGCUUGAGUUUAAACUCAUCGAACCAGAGGAGGUUGCUCGCCGGUGGGGCAUUCAGAAGAACAGGCCUGCCAUGAAUUAUGACAAGCUGAGCCGAUCCCUGCGUUACUACUAUGAGAAGGGCAUCAUGCAGAAGGUAAAGGUUGCUGGAGAGCGGUACGUGUAUAAGUUUGUCUGUGACCCCGAUGCGCUUUUCUCAAUGGCAUUCCCUGAUAACCAAAGGCCCAGUCUGAAAGCAGAGCCUGAAAGCCUGCAGGUUCCUGAGGAUGACACUGUUCCACUCUCACACUUCGACGAGGCAAACCGUGCCCCCUAUCCAGGAGAUGCCAGAGACCAGUGCUUAGUAGUACCAUCCUUUCCUGAAAAUUACGCUUUCUGAACUGCUGCGCCACCGCAGAGCGGACCAAAAGAACUCUCAAAUGCAUCCUCGCACUCCAAAUGCAGCUCAUGUCAAAUUGUAAUCGCUCCGAUAAGGAAUUUGUAGUGCCUGCUGACAAGUCUCUAGACUUUCUUGCCACACUUUUAUUGUUUGUUACUAAACAGAUUUCACGAUGGGAAAAAAAGUCUUUUUUUAUUUACAAAGGGACACAACAGUAUUUUCAGUAUAACCUUUGAUUUUAUAAAUAUAUAUAUAUAUAUAAAUAUAAGUGUAUAUUUUAAAAUCUGGCUUUUGUGCACUGCUUUCUUUUGUGUAUUGGGCCUGGUGUCUGCUUCAGUGAGAUUUGUAGAACUUCUGACAAUGCGUAAUGACCUCAGGCUGUUGUCAUUAUAAGAGUGUGUGUGUGUGUGUGUGUGUGUACAUAGCUUUGAUUAUUAUAAUCUGGAAAAAUGCACAAUUUUUAUUUCUCCAGCUGGCCAAGUAAAAUGCUUUGUAACUGUUCAGAAAUAGUUUCUGCUUUUGUAAUGUGAUUUUUAAGGAUAUGGGGCUGGGCAAAAUGGGUUAGGGGAAGUAAAAAAAGUCAAAUUUAUGUAUAUUAUGAGUAUAUUUUUCCAAAAGCUGAAUUGAAUUGCAUUGUAUAAGCUGUACGACAGACUUUUAUCACUUCUAAUCUGUUCUUUUUGUACAGUGGUAUGUGUGUGAAUUUGCAAACCAGCUCUUGAUAUAGGGGGAAACAGACCUGAGCACAGGAUCAGUUACGCUUGUGUGCCCUUUAACUGUUUAUCAAAGGAUUAUAGCAAGGUCAUCUGAUCUCUGUUCAGUACUAAGCAAGCAUGGCAAGAAACCUGCAGCUCUCUCUCUCUCCACCUUCACUGUCAACCUUGCUUGUCUAUACUGUCUAUACUUCACUGUGGAUAAGACUAUCGUUUCAUUGUCUUUUGAAGACAAUUUCUAAUAUUAAAAUAUUUGCAAGUACAGUUUUGGUGUACAAUUACAGAUCUGUAUUUUCUAAACCAUAAGGUACAUGAUAAAUAAACAUCCAUAAAUGGA